ACCACAGCAUUAUUUCCCGCAAAAAGCUUGGGCUGUUGUUGUUGUUGCUGCUGCGCUGCCUUGGCUAAGCUGGGCCUGCUGAGGGUGGGGGGUGAAGCGUCGAAAACCCCCCACUCCCCCAUUUUGGGUGUUUUUGCUGUUUUCCCUUUUUUCUUGAGGCCUUGAGAAAAACCAACAACAACAACAACAAGCUUAUAGCAGGUGGGCCUUUCAAAGCAGGCAAUUAUUAUCGCUUCUAUCAAACACACUUUAGACUUUUUCAAACAGUGCUUUCUUUUUCUUUUUCCGGUCUCCUCCCUAUUUUCCUUUUGUUUUUUUUCUUUUUUGUUUUUUCGCCUUUUCCUUUUUACUCUGGUCCUAUCGAUUGGGUGCAUGUUGUCCAUUCUACCUUCGUCUACUACUACUACUGCUGCUGCUGCUGCUACAACCACCACCACCACCACCACCACCACUACUACUACUGCAACGACUGCUACUACGAUUAAACCUACACAAAGUCAACAUUCGUCACCACUAACACCGAGUUUUGCAUCAACUUCAUCCAACAACACUAGCAUGUCGUCCUCCAUAUCUUCCACGGCUUCGGCCACACCCACCGGAAUCUCGUCCUUACGGCGACGAAGAAGCAGUCGACUUUUCUUUUCACACUUGUUCCAAUAUUUUGCUUUGGUCUAUGAAUACAUUUGCUCCAUUUUCCACAUGCGGCAGAAACGGAUUGAGCCAGCACCACCGUCAACAACAAAGCGGUCCUCUUCUCCUAGCAGUACCACCUUUAUCUCCUCCUCUUCUUCUUCUUCCUCUGUCUCCCCUACGUCUCCUCUUUUCCAGCAGCAGCAACGUAUUAACACCAACAACAAUCCAUCGAAAAAGAUUGCAGCACUACAAUAUUACAAGGGUAAAACACUCGUACUGGAUCUAGACGAAACGCUGGUACAUUCUGUUCGACUAGGCUCUUAUGCGGCUCGCCACACAGUCAGCACGUCCAUCAAACGCAAAAAGAUCGAAGUGCAGGACGAGAAACAGAGCUUGCUCUAUGAAGUUUACAAACGGCCGCACGUGGAUUUUUUUCUGAAAACGAUAAGUCAAUGGUACAAGGUGGUCAUCUUCACCGCGUCAAUGGCUGAAUACGCCGACCCCGUGAUUGACUGGCUGGACCAGGAUCAUAACGUGAUUUCACAACGCUACUUUCGGCAGUCCUGCAUCGUCCGGAAUGGAAACUUUGUAAAGGACAUUUCACUCGCAGAACCUGAUCUAGCCAAAGUGUGUCUUGUGGAUAACAGCAAUGCUGCCUUUGGUUUGUUCCAAGGUAAUGGUUUAUUCUGGAUGGCUGGUUUAUCGGUCUUUUGGAGAGAGACUCAGAACUAAUGCGGUCUAUGUAAUACAAUAGAAAACGGCAUACCUUGCCCUG